UUUUUCCCUUUCUUACGGAACCUGCUCUUUGUCUGCCGUAAUUAGUCUGCGUCAUCCAGGUUGUGUUGGAAGAACAGGAAGUAGUGAAAAAAAAGAAAACUGCCAAAGCAAAACAAGGAAGUGCAGGCAGCUGUGAAUGUAAAUGUUCAGAUCACUGCAAAGCAGGCGAAGUCGUGGAUUAGCAUGUUUUAUAUUACAGCUCUGUGACAACAGGGCAAUUAAAAUAAUUAAAAUAAACGAAGAAAAGAGGGAAUUGGGGGGAAAGCAGCGGCAGCGGCGGCAACAACAAUAACAGCACCGCUGAUCAAACGUGUUCACAAAGAAACGAGGAAACCGUGUUCACUUCAGUGAAAGGCUCCGACCCAGGCACUCGCCAUCAUCUCCAUCCUCCACCGCCAUGGAUGCGUCUAGAGGAUGCUUCGACAGCUGCUUGAAUGAGGAUGAUUUGCCACAGAUGGACGGCACAUGUGAUGCGUGUGAACCGGACGAGCCUCAAUCAGCUGCUUUGGUGUGCACGCUUUGUCGCUUCGCCUUCUGCUUCAGCCAUGGAGACAAACAUUCGCAAAGCACCGGUCACCAACUCCAGCCGUACAGCGACCCAGACCCUCAGGCAGAGUCCGGGGCACAGAAAGACCGCCAGGGGUCUGAAAACGCAGCAGAGGGGGCCGAGGCCACCAGCGAUGAUGAGCAGAAACCAUCACUCGGAGCAAAUAAAAGAGACACUGUGACAGUGGAGAGGCUGAAAUGUAAGGAGCAUGGUCAAGAUGGUUCGCUCUACUGUAAACACGACCAGCGGAUCAUUUGUGUGGUGUGCGCUGUGCAGGGAGAGCACAGAGAACAUGAGAUUAUCACUCUCAAAGAGGCCUACCUGUGGCAGAAGAGCAAAGAAGGCAUUGACCUGCUGGAGCGCACACAUGAAAUAUCAGAAAAGAUCAAGGCCAAAUGGGUCAGCCCAGAUAUGAGUAUAGAAGCGCUGGAGGAUUAUGUAAACCAGCAGUUCGAUGAGCUGCAUAGGCUGGUUCGCCUGGAGGAGUGGCGUGUCCUGCACCUGGUGGAUCUAAAGGAGGCGUUCCUCACCGCCCAGGCUGCUGAGAAGAUAACUGAGAUUAGUGUCCACACUGAAAAACUUCAGGAGGAAAUGGACUCUAUCACACAACAGCUGAGUGAAUUGGAUCAGGUAGAGCAGGAUGGAGUCGCCCCUAUGUCCCUGGCCCCUCUGUUGGCUGCCAGACCACUACGACCACCUGAAGCUCUCGUGGAGCCCAUACCACUGAAUCCUGAUUUGAGGCUAAGAGCAGCCAAUCAAAGGAGGGACCCAGAAAAUCCUUCAGCAGAUGAAGACAGAGAAGAUCCAUAUAUUGGACAUGUACCUUAAAACUAAUUACCAUUCUCUCUUUUUCCUUCCAUAGCUCACUUACGGGGAGAAACAUUAUGACUAUAACUGAAUGUAACUUAAAAUUAAAAUUUUCUAAUUUUAACCACUUAUUUGAAUACUUGCAGCUAAUUGUUUUGUGUUGAACCGAUAUAUUUCCUUUUUAAUGAAAGGUAAUAAAGUAGUAUAUAAAAGCUGGGAAAGCAAGAAGAAAACCAAAACACUGAAAACGAACUGCGUUAUACUGCGUUAAACAAACAACCAAGUUAUCUUUUGAAAGUUUUGAACAGUUUAAACCAUGUAUUUUUGUUUAACAUUUUCUUGUAAAAUUAUUAAUGUACCGCUCCUGGAUUAAUUGUGCAAUCUCAUACCAUGCAAAAUCAACUUCCCAUCAUCAUGCUAUAGUUUGAUUUGAUUUGAGCUUAAACGCAGAUGGUUAUAUAUUUGGCCUAAGGUUGUUCUUUAUUUGAUAUGUUGUUUCUAGUCCAUUUGUUGGCUACUUUUUCUUCACCAGAAGGAAAUGAACCAUACCAAAUAUGCUUUAACCCUGAUUGUGAUGAUUUGCUGUGUGUGUGUGUAAGUAUUACUGUCUGCAAUUGGCUUAUAUGCUCUUUUCUCAUCGUUAAAGGGACCACAAGGUCCUGUUUAUAUACUGUAUAUCUAAAAUCUUAAUUAUAUAGAAUCGUACUCUUGUAGAUUUCUCUUGGAUACCUAAACUAUGCUUUGCUAAGGGAAAACAUGGCAUUAUAUUUUUGAUAUGGUUUUGAUAUUGUGGAGGAGAGCACUCAGUCUCUCCUGCUUUUGCUCUGAUUUUUUUUUCUGUAAACAAUUAAAAGUAGUUUAUUUUU